AUGUGGAAAAAAGUUAAUGAGUUAACAAAUAGGAAUGUAAAAUCCACCAAUAUAAAUGAAAUUUCAGAUGACGGGAAUAUAGUAACUGAUCCAAGAGAAAUUGCAAAUAUUUUCAAUAACUGUUUUACAGAUAUAGGACCCAAAUUAGCAAAAGAUCUGCCGGAACAUAACCAGAUACCAGAAUCGUAUGUGAAACCUAUAAACACCAUUUUCCGGUUUCAGUUAGUAACUGAAACAGACGUUUCUAAACUGUUAUAUACUAUUAAAACAACUAAAGUUACAGGACAUGACAGAAUCUCGGCUAAACUAUUGAAAGAUUCUGCUGAUGUAAUUGCUAAGUCAUUAACAACAAUAUUCAAAAAGUCAAUACUAUCGGGUAGUUUUCCAGAUGAUAUGAAAAUAGCAAUUGUUUCCCCUAUUUAUAAAUCGGAUUGUAAA